AUGGAAACUCAAACCUGCAUCUUGGUUAUUUCCUUCUCCCUCUUCCUUCUAUCGUAUUGGCUUGCAAAACAUUACAAGCUUAAAUCCCAUGUCUCUCUCAAACUUCCCCCUGGCCCAAAGAGGCUACCACUCAUAGGGAACCUGCAUCAACUAGCAGUAGCAGGUUCACUUCCACACCAUGCUCUCCAAAAACUUUCCCAUAAAUAUGGACCUCUCAUGCACCUCCAACUCGGUGAAAUUUCUGCUGUGGUUGCAUCCUCCCCCGAGAUGGCCAAGGAAAUAACCAAAACGCAUGAUGUUGCUUUUGUGCAGAGGCCCCAGUUCAUUUCUGCACAAAUUUUGUCCUAUGGGGGAAUAGAUGUUGUUUUUGCACCAUAUGGUGAUUACUGGAGACAAAUGAGGAAAAUAUUUGUCUCAGAACUUCUAAGUACCAAGAGAGUUCACUCUUUCUCUUUUAUUAGAGAAAACGAGACGGCAAAGUUUAUUGAUUCGAUUCGAGCAUCAGCAGGUUCACCAAUCAAUCUAACUAGCAGAAUUUUCUCAUUGGUAAGCACUUCUGUUUCCAGGGCAGCAUUUGGUAACAAAUCAAAGGACCAGGAUGAAUUUAUGUUUUUGAUUAAAAAAGUCAUAGGAUCGGUUGGAGGAUUUGACCUUGCUGAUUUGUUCCCUUCAAUGAAAUCCAUGCAUUUCAUAACUGGGAAGAAGGCCAAAUUAGAGAAGUUGCUAAAUCAGGUUGAUAGGGUCUUGGAAAAUAUUGUCAAAGAGCAUCAAGAAAAGCAAAUAAGAGCAGAAGAAGGGAGAGUUCAAAUAAAGGACGAGGAUCUUGUUGAUGUUCUUCUCAGAGUCCAACAGACUGAAGCUGCUCUCGACAUCAAAAUGACGACUAGGAACGUCAAAGCUUUGAUAUUGGACAUAUUUGCUGGUGGAACUGAUACUUCAGCAUCAACACUAGAGUGGGCAAUGACAGAAAUGAUGCGAAGUCCAAGGGUGAUGAAGAAAGCACAAGCUGAGUUAAGACAAGCAUUAGCAGAGAAGAAAAUAAUUGAUGAAAGGGAUGUAGAGCAACUUACGUAUUUGAAGUUGGUGGUGAAAGAGACAUUGAGGCUACACCCUCCUACUCCUUUAUUGAUCCCUAGAGAAUGCUCUGAAAGAACCAUCAUCGAUGGAUAUUGUUGGUCAAAGAAAGUGGGCAAGGGUGGCUGCAAUUGGGACCCCCAGUACUGGAUUGAUGCGGAGAAGUUUGUCCCAGAAAGGUUUGAGGGAAGUUCUAUCGAUUUCAAAGGGAAUAACUUUGAGUAUCUGCCAUUUGGUGCAGGAAGGAGAAUAUGCCCAGGCAUCACGUUUGGUUUAGCAAGUAUUAUGCUUCCACUGGCUCGAUUACUUUAUCAUUUCAACUGGGAACUCCCAAAUGGCAUGACACCUGAGAGUAUAGACACAAUUGAACGCCCCGGGAUGGCCAUUGGGAAGAAAAAUGAAUUGUGUUUGAUCCCCAUUGUUUAUGAUGCUUGA